AUGGCUGCAGAAUUGCCUUCGGAAAUCAUGUUCGAUAUCUUGUCAAGAAUGCCGGUGAAAUCUUUGGCUCGUUUCCGGUGUGUAAGCAAGCUAUGGUGCAAAUACAUCAACAAUCCAUACCUUGAAAUCAUGUGUGCCAAACGAGCAAUAGUAAACGAACCCAUGCUCAUCAUGUUCCAUCAGUUCCCAUCUGAUCAUCCCAACUCACCAUGCAUGCUCAGUUAUUUAGAAUAUACAGCAGAAGAAGAAGAAGAGGAAGAGGAAGAGGAAGAGGAAGAGGAAGAGGAAGGAGAAGGAGAAGGAGAAGCUUUUACCCUACAAGUGAAUACGAAGCCACCGGUUAUGGAGUUUAUGUGUAAGAGUGCCACUUAUAGAUAUCCAAAUGACAUAGUUCUAGGUUCUUGCAAUGGUCUACUCUAUUCAUCAAAAGGUCAUUGCGAUGACAACACCUUGUUUGUGAUCCAUCCUCUAAGGAAAGAAUGUUAUGAGUUGCCACCUAUCAACAUACGUAACUCUUACCUGCGGAUUUCUGUUGAGGAGACAUGUGGGCUUGGUUUCGAUUAUUCCAACAACACUUUCAAGAUGGUGUCUGUUGUGCUUCGAGAGCAUGUUUCGGGACCUAACUUUUAUCAGGUAAAUGAAGGGAUAUAUACCAUGGUGCAUGUCUUGGGCACAGACUCAUGGCGUAAGAUACCCCAAGUCCCAUCUUAUCCCAUAACCGGUGAAGGCGUGUUCGCUAAUGGAUGUUUGCAUUGGCUAAUUAGUAAUGAACGUUAUGGUGACCACUCAACCUAUUUAGAAAGAAGAGUAGUAAGCUUUGAUGUGUCGAAUGAGAAAUUCGGAUUGAUUAAUGCCCCUCAUGGAAGACCUUGCGGUUUGGUUAGGGAGCAAUUGGUUGAUUUACAUGGUGAAGUUGGAUAUGUGUAUCAUAUCGUCAACCAUGGUGUGGAGGUGUGGGUGUUGAAGGAGAGAGGAUGGGUGAUGCAUUGUGAGUUCGAUCAGAAAUGGCCUCUUCCUAGAGGUGUGAUAAAGGUUUUAGGUUUUUGGAACCAAAACGGGGACGUAUUAAUGACUGAUAAAUGGAAGGAGAUUUAUGUUUAUAACUUAGAAAGUGAUAGUUUGGAUCAAGCCUACUUUGUUGGAUGGGAAGAAAAGGCUGCAAUAGAUAUCAGGUUGUAUGAAAUUAGUUUGUUUACAGCCCGUAAUUGGAUCAAUAACUGA